AUGAUAAGCCUUUUCAGUCGAAGAAGGGACAAUGCCGCCGACGCCUCACCUUCGGCGACUCCUUCUUCGUCUCCGGUGACCGGUCCGGCGAGGCCAAUUCGCCUUGUCUACUGCGACGAGAACGGACGGUUCUGUAUGGACCCCGAAGCCGUCGCCACACUCCAGCUCGUCAAGGAACCUGUCGGCGUGGUCUCCGUAUGUGGCCGCGCUCGCCAGGGCAAGAGCUUCAUUCUGAAUCAGCUUCUAGGGAGGACUAGUGGAUUUCAAGUUGCAUCAACUCAUCGUCCAUGUACCAAAGGGCUUUGGUUGUGGAGUACACCGUUGAAGAGGACUGCAUUUGAUGGAACAGAGUACAAUCUCCUGCUAUUAGACAGUGAAGGAAUAGAUGCUUAUGAUCAAACGGGAACAUAUAGCACCCAGAUCUUCUCAUUGGCUGUCCUUUUGUCUAGCAUGUUUAUUUAUAACCAGAUGGGUGGUAUCGAUGAGGCUGCCCUCGAUCGACUUUCUCUUGUGACUCAGAUGACAAAGCACAUUCGUGUUAGAUCAUCUGGGGGGAGUAGUUCUGCAUCUGAACUGGGACAAUUUUCCCCCAUUUUUGUCUGGCUUCUAAGAGACUUUUAUUUGGACCUAGUAGAAGAUAACAGAAAAAUAACACCCCGUGACUAUCUGGAAAUUGCUUUAAGGCCUGUCCAAGGGAGUGGAAGAGAUAUAACUGCCAAAAAUGAGAUUCGAGAUUCCAUUCGGGCCUUAUUCCCAGAUAGGGGAUGCUUCACUCUUGUGCGACCUCUAAACAAUGAAAAUGAUCUACAGCGACUUGAUCAGAUAUCGUUGGAAAAGUUACGGCCUGAAUUUCGAUCUGGCCUAGAUGCUUUGACAAAGUUUGUUUUUGAUAGAGCAAGGCCAAAACAAGUUGGGGCAAUUACGAUGACAGGUCCUCUGUUGAUUGGUAUCACUGAAUCUUAUCUGGAUGCUCUCAAUCAUGGUGCUGUGCCUACAAUUUCUUCCUCCUGGCAGAGUGUUGAAGAAGCUGAGUGCCGUAGGGCAUAUGAUUCUGCUGCUGAAAUUUAUAUGUCCUCUUUUGAACGAACUAAGCCACCUGACGAAGUUGCUUUGAGGGAAGCACAUGAAAAAGCAGUUCGAAUUUCAAUGGGAGCUUUUACUGCUAGUGCUGUAGGUGUUGGUGUAGUACGAACAAAAUAUGAAGGCAUGCUGCAGAAAUUUCUCAAAAAGGUGUUUGAGUCUGAAAGACGCAAGAUCAUUUCUGUGAUGUACACUGAAUGCCAAAGAAAAAGUGAGAUUCACCUUGCAAGGGUUUCCCUUUCAAAUAGUUUGCCCUUUCACAACUGA